UCCGGCAUUUUUUGUCUACCUUCGAUUUUCCAGCAUCUGCAGUUCCUUCUUACAAAAUUCUUGAGGGGUUGGACAGGCUAGAUGCAGGAAGAUUAUUCCCGAUGUUGGGGGAAGUCCAGAACUAGUGGUCACAGUUUAAGGAGAAGAGGGAAGUCUUUUAGGACCGAGAUGAGAAAAUCAUUUUUUACACAGAGAGUGGUGAAUCUGUGUUUCUAUGUUUCCCUCAGAGCCCGCACAACCCGUCCCCUGCAUUGGUUGGCCUGGAAACCCUUCUUGGCCUUUUACCUCUGCUGCUUGUUCCAAAGACCACAGAUUCUAAUUUCCGUGUGAACCGCCAGAUCUUUGCCCCCUCUUUCUCUCUCUCUCUCUCCCUCUCUCCCUCUUCCCCCACCCCCCUUCUUCUGACUGCAUGGAGCCCGCACGCCCCAUCCCUCUGCCGGUGAACCGCGGCCCGCGGCCGCUGGAUUUCCGCUGCCCGCCGACCACGCCGCCCCUCGGGGCCCCGGUGGAUUGCUGCGCGGUGCAGGACGCCUUCAUCGCCGGGGAGCUGCUGAAGCUGAUGAACCUGUCGGCGGCCAAGAUCCAGGCGCUGUGGCGCGGCUACUGCGCCAGGAAGCAGCAGUACAUCGAGCAGGGAGCCGCCAUCCUGCUGCAGUCCUUCUGGCGGGGCUGCCGGGUGCGCCAUGUGCUGCGGGAACCCGUCAGCCGCCGCCUCCGCAUACACGGGCAGUACCUGAGCUGGGAGGAUCCCAGGGUCCUGUGUCCCCCGCCGCCCCCAGCCCCACGGAGGGGGCCGCCGCCGCCGCCACCACCGCCGCCGCGGCCACGGAGCCGGGAGGGCAGGCGGUGGCCGGUACCAGUACCAGUGCCGGAGAAGCGCCCGGCCGCCUCCACUGCCCAGUCUCUCCCCAUCAAAAAGCACCCGGACGGCAUCCGCUGCCAGCCCAGCCGCCGCUUGAGAGACAUCUGCGCCCAACCCCCAACUCAACCCCAACCCCAACCCCCCCGAGCCCGCACGCCCAGGUUCGUCUGCGACCAGACGCAGCAGAACCGCCUGCCCGGGAUGAUGUGCGAUGUGGCCGCCACAAGGAUCCAGACCAACUGGAGAGGCUACAAGGUGCGCAAAGACAUGUCCACCCUGCUGGGGGCCGUGGUCUACAUCCAGUCCUUCUUCAGGGGUUACCUGGACCGCAAAAAGAUCAACCCGCCCCGGCCCCACCAACCCGAGCCACUCGACCAGGAGUCGGACAUGGUGGACUUCAACCUGUCCUACGAACACGGCCAACUCCGGUCCCACGGAGCCGCGUCCGGGAUGCCGCUGGACGGCUUGGACGUGUCGCUGCCCAGCUCCCUCUACGCCCCCACCCGCAGCAGCAACAACACCGGCGGCGCCCGCCCCGGUACCGGCCCCAACAACAACAGAGCCGGCGGCGCCCGCUCCGGUACCGGCCCCACCAACACAGGCGUCGGCCGCCCCGGUACCGGCCCCACCAACACAGGCGUCGGCCGCUCCGGCAACGACAACAGCAACAUCAUCCGCUCCGGCGACUGCAUCAGCUACUGCAUCUGCGCCGGUAUCGGCAGCGUCCGCCCCGGUAACGGGGGUCACGCCGGCAGCGUCCACUCGGUCAGUACCGGCAGCAACGACAGCAUCCGCUCGGUGCACUGCAACAGCAACGACGGCACCCGCACCGGCAGCGUCCGCUCCGGCGCCAGCAGCAGCCACAGCGUCCGCUCGGUCAACUACAACAACGACUGCGCCGGCUCCGGUACCGGCGGCCACACCGGACACGCCGGCAGCGUCCGCUCCGGUACCGGCAGCAGCAGCCACAGCGUCCGCUCCGCCAACUACAACAACGACUGCGCCGGCCACACCGGCAGCGUGCGCUGCGCUAACAACAUCAACCACAACCACGACCGCGUCCGCGCCGUUAACUACAACAACGACUGCACCGGCUCCGGUAGCACCGGCGGCGGCGGCCACGCCGGCAGCGCCCGCUCCGCGAACGGCAGCGUCCGCUCCGGUCACAGCGGCAACCACGACAGUAUCCGCGCCGUUCACGGCAGCUUCCUCUCGACCAACGCCAGCAUCAGCAGCGGCGGCGGCACCGACCUCCCGGUUAACGGCGGCAACCCCCCUCGCUCCUUCAACGGCGGCAGCGCCGGCCCCGACAACUGCGGCCCCACCCGCCCCGUUAACGGCGACAAGGCCGGCGAUGUCAACGAGCUUUCUUCCAUCCCGCACCCGGAGGGGGCGCGCAGCGGGGCGGGACCGGCGGAGGUCGGUACGUGGCUCACCCGCGGCUGGGGCCCGGGCUCCGGCGAGCAGAGCGUCCUCCGCGAACCGCUCUCCAUCAUCGACGAGGAUCCCAAAUCGGACGAGCUGCUCCCCGGCUACAUGAUGAACGGCGGCGGCGGCGGCGGCGACACCGGGGGCGGGGGCGGCGUGGACACCGUGUCCUGCUGCUCCUCGGCCCCGGUCUCCCUCGCCUCGGCUCGCUUGCUGAAGAAGCGCAGCGUGGAGGAGGUGGUGGUGGUGAGAGCGGAGCGCGGCGAGGACGGGCGCCCGAGGUUCGCCUUCAGGGCGCCGGGAGCCGACACCGACACGCUGCUGCCGCCGGGCCCCGGCUCCCAGUACCUGGUGCAUUCGACCCCUUACAACACCUCGGGCCCCCGCAAGCUGAUCCGCUACCAGGAGCACAGGCCGGGGGGUGGCCAUCCUCACCCCCACCCCUACCCCUAUCCCGAGCUGUCGGACUUCGACCUGUCCGAGCUGGAGGUGCCGAAGGACGCGGCGGGAUGUCCUCCGCCCCCCGGGCAGCCGGCGCGCCGAUCGCUCAAGCGGCUGCGGGAAGAGAGCGCGGCGGCCGGGACCAUCCAGGCUGCGUGGAAGGGCCACCGGACCCGGCGGGCGCUGCAGGAACAAGUGUCGGCCGCCACCAAGAUCCAGGCCACCUUCAGGCGCUACCAGACGCGGAGAGAGUUUGAAAGCGAAGGCAUCUUCCCGCUGGUCAGCCUCAAAGCCGCGGGCAAGAAGGCGGCCAAGACCACCGUCCCCUCCCCGCCUCUCCCCCCCACCCACCGCGCCCCGAGGCAGCCAGAACCGCGGGUCCACAACGAGCAGACCCCCCCGCCCCUGCCGCCGGCACCUCCAGCAGCGGUGGAGAUGGAGGCGAGAGAGCGGGACGCGCCGGUCUUCGCCCCGCUCUGCACGCCCGGCAUCCCGGUGCCGAGCGCGGCCGCCUCCGGCCUCCACAACCGCAUCGAGCAGUGGGCCCGGCGUUCGGUGCGGACCCGGCGCCAGCACCAGGAGAGGGACCGAGCGGCCACCGCCAUCCAGGCCGUGUGGAGGGGUCUCCUGGCCCGGCGCCGGAUCACCCGCAUGGCCCGGGCGGCGGUCAUGAUCCAGGCCUGCUUCCGCGGCUACCAGAUCAGGAAGUUCCUGGGCAGCAUCGGCAGGAACCCGCAGGGGGGCAGGGAGAGGGGAGGGGGCAAGCCGCACCCCAAGGCGGCCAGGCCCCACCGGGCGGCGGCGGGAGGCGGCGGCCAGCGGCCACAGGAGACCGGCUGGAGGGCGCAGCUCAAGGGCGACAAGCCGGCCAUCUAUGUCAAGCGUAACCCUUGCUACAACCCCCGCAAAGUGACCAUCCACGUGAAAGCGACGGCGGCCGAGCAGAGCUGAGAGAGAGGCGGCCACAGAUACCCAGGGAGCUCGCAACCCCACUGGCCCUAUACUAAU